AGCUCACAACUUUCACCGCAUCCCAUAAAAUUUCGUCUUCAAAAUAUUUUUCCAACCAGAUCAUAAAACCUCUCAACCUUUUUUCACAUCGAUCUCCUCCAUCGUUUUCAAAGACACACAGACAGAAUGGCGAGUGCGUAUGGCGAUGCGAGCCAGAAGAUAGACUAUGUGUUCAAGGUGGUGCUGAUAGGGGACUCGGCGGUGGGGAAGUCUCAAAUUCUGGCCCGGUUCGCUCGCAACGAGUUUAGCCUCGAGUCCAAGGCCACCAUCGGGGUCGAGUUCCAGACUCGCACCCUCGUUAUCCAGCACAAGAGCGUCAAGGCCCAGAUCUGGGACACCGCCGGCCAAGAACGCUACAGAGCAGUUACAAGUGCAUACUACAGGGGAGCUGUUGGAGCAAUGCUGGUUUACGACAUAACCAAACGCCAGACAUUUGAUCACAUACCUCGUUGGCUGGAAGAGCUGCGUAGCCAUGCAGACAAGAACAUUGUCAUCAUUCUGAUAGGGAACAAAAGUGAUCUUGAGCAUCAGCGUGCAGUCCCCAUAGAGGAUGCCAAAGAAUUUGCUCAAAAUGAAGGUCUGUUUUUCUUGGAGACCUCGGCGCUGGAAGCAACCAAUGUUGAAUCUGCCUUCUUAACUGUGUUGAACGAGAUCUUCAACAUUGUGAACAAGAAAAGCCUAGUUGCAGAUGAAAACCGAAGUAAUGGGAAUCCUACAUCCCUUGCUGGCAAGAAGAUCAUUAUCCCUGGUCCUGCACAAGAGAUCCCAACUAAGAGCAGUACGUGCUGUAGAUUAUUGUGAUUUGAUUGAGUUGAGGCUUCAAAAUAUGGGAAUCUUCGUCCUGUGUUCAUCACAGCGAUUUUUUUAGGGGGCGUCUGGUGUAUCUCUUGUAUAUUUUGCAGUGCUUCCGUGUGUUUGCACAGGCAGCUGAUUACUCGCAUGUUGUGAAAUGGGAGAAAGAACUUAAGAUAAGCCUAGUUGCAGAUUGCUUGUUACCCAUUUGUUGUCUGAGAAAGUUGCUGGGGAUGGGAAGUACCUGUUCAUGGAGGCCAGAGUGUUAGCGCUAACAUAUGGCAGCUAUUUACCCCAUUGCCAUUUAUACUGUUUAUUUAGUUUCCAUAGGGAGUGGCUCCAAAAUUAGAUUGACAGUUGGAUUCUCAGCAUCGCAGUGAAUAAUAUAGAAAGCGACUUUCCAACU